UUAAAAAAUAAAUAAGGCAAUCGUUUUGGGCACCAAUUGUCAUAUAAAAACUAAAGUUCAAAAUAAAUAGUGAUUAAUAAAUACAAAAAAAUAGGUGUUUUGAAUUAAAUUACCAAAAACGAGCAAAUUGAAACAAAGUGAUUUUUAAAAAACAAAAUAUAAAUUUACAAUUUUAAAAAUCGUUGAAAAAAUUAUUUUACAUCAGAAUUUUUUGCUGAUUGAGCAAGAAGAAACCCACAAAAUUAACCAUGAAGACUGUUUGUGUCAUUCUUCUUGCAUUCCUGUCCAUUGGAGCUGCUUCAUCCUAUCAAAUUGGUCUCGGUCGAGCUGAUGUGACUGGUCCAAGUGUCGAAAUUGCUUUUAUGGGCUACGCACAACUUAACCAACGUGGUCACGGAAUUCACACCCGACUUUAUGCCAGAACAUUUAUUGUUGAAGAUGAGAGGAAAAGUCGUGUCGUCUUUGUCAGCGUUGAUGCUGGAAUGAUCAGUCAUGCUGUUAAACGCAAUGUCAUUCGUGAAUUGCAAAAGAAAUUUGGAGCUACUUAUCGUUAUGAUAAUGUGAUGAUCUCUGGGACUCACACCCACAGCGGCCCAGCCGGUUUCCACAUGUUUGUACUCUAUGACUUGACAGCUCUAGGCUUCGUGUCUGAGACUUUCUAUGCCUUAGUCAAAGGAAUCACACAAUCAAUCAUAAAUGCACACAACAAUAUGAAUGAAGGUCGAAUUUUCUUAUCAGAAACGGAAAUUUAUGAUGCAAACAUCAACAGAUCACCAAUGUCUUACAACAAUAAUCCGGAACAGGAAAAAGCUCAGUACAAGGAUAAUACUGAUAAGAAGCUUAUUCAGUUGAGGUUCAUGGAUAAGAACAAUAAGAAUGUGAUGGGAGCUUUUAAUUGGUUUGCAGUCCAUCCAACAUCAAUGAACAACACCAAUAAGUUCGUCUCAUCAGAUAAUGUUGGAUAUGCUUCGAUAUUGCUGGAACAAGAGUACAAUAAGGACAGUAUGGUUGGAAAAGGAAGCUUUGUUGGAGCUUUCUGUUCAGCUAACUUGGGUGAUGUGUCUCCAAACAUUAUGGGACCUAAAUGUGCUAUCUCUGGCUUAUCAUGCGAUCCACUUACAUCAGCAUGUCCCAACAAAGACAUUUGCUUUGCAUCUGGUCCCGGACGUGAUAUGAUGGAAAGUACAAAGAUCAUUGGCACUAGAAUCUAUCGCGGUGCAUCAAAACUACUCUCAACUAGAGUUGGACGUGAAAUUACAGGACCUGUGGCAUUUAUUCAUCAAUUUGUCGAUAUGCCAAAGCAAGCUGGAGUUUACUUCAAUCCAAAAGUGAAGAGAGCUGAGAACUAUACUGGAUGUUUACCGGCAAUGGGGUACUCGUUUGCUGCUGGAACAACAGACGGCCCAGGAGCAUUUGACUUCCAACAAGGCACAGUCAGUGACAACGACUUCUGGAACACAGUUCGUGACUUCAUAGCAGAACCAACUCUAUGGGAUAAGCAAUGUCAUGGCGCGAAACCAAUUCUUCUAGCAACUGGACGUGCUGCAUAUCCAUACCAUUGGCAACCAUCAGUUGUUCCACUUCAGCUCUUUGCAAUCGGUGACAUGUUGAUGUUUGGACUUCCUGGUGAAUUCACAACGAUGGCUGGACGUAGAUUAAAGAGUGAAAUACAGCUGUUUGCUAAAAGUAGGAACAACGAGUUCCAGUCGAUACUUUGUGGAUUGUCAAAUAUUUACACAAGUUACGUCACAACACCUGAAGAAUAUGAAAUUCAAAGAUAUGAAGGAGCAUCGACCAUCUUCGGUCCACAUACAUUGACAAUCUACAUUAAUAGAUUCGUGAAGCUUCUCGACGCUUUGAUGCGUGGCAACUCAGUCGAUCCAGGUCAGAUGCCAAUGAAUCAAGACUCGAAGCAAAUUUCUUUAGUCACAGCUGUUUACUACGAUGGACAUGCAAUUGGAAGUGGAUUUGGUUAUGUCGUGAAUCAACCUAGAAAGUACUACAGACGCGGUGAACUCUUGAUUGUCUCAUUUGUAGCUGGAAAUCCUAGAAAUAAUUUAAUGACAGACGCAAGUUACUUUUAUGCUGAAAGAAUCGUCAAUAACGAGUGGCAGGUUGUAGCUACGGACGCAAAUUGGGAGACAAAGUUCAAAUGGACGAGAGUUUCAAUGAUUUUAGGCAGAAGUGAAAUUGAAUUUUUCUGGGAAAUUCCAGAAUCAGCACCGAGUGGUGAAUAUCGAGUCAGACAUCGUGGAUCCUAUGCUUAUAUACUUGGUGGGGUUUAUUCUUAUCAGGGAUCGACGAAUCAUUUUAUAAUUCAAUAAAUUGGGCUGAUUGGUGCUGACUUUUGAGGUUAGGAUUGAUUAAGUUGAAUUUGAAGAUGGUCAGUAAGGGCUUGUUAUUGAAAUGUUACAUAUUGUGCUACAAAAUUAUACAAAAAUUUAUCCAAAUAUUUUUUUUAAUUUAUUUUAUUGUAAGAAUUUGUAGAUUUUAAGAUUGAUGCAUUAAUUUAUAAGCAUAAGUUAUUUUAUCAAAAUUUUUAUGUUUAAAAAUGAAAAUAAGAUUUAAAAUUAGUAAAAUUUUGAGGGGUAAACAACUUGAUGGGGAAAAAAUGAUGCAAUGAAUCAAAGAUGUGGAACUGUUUGAUAAAGGAUUGUUCAUCUUUUUUGAACAUUAUGAUCACUUCCAAGUCGUUUGAGAAAAAAAUACUGAGGAAUCGAUUUUAAAUUAAUAUUUGUCCCACCAAAUUGUUCUCCCCUUGAGCUCAAGUGUCAAAAGUUGAAAUAAUUUGUAGGAUAAAUAAUAAUUUAGGCUGGGCUAAAAUUGACAUUCAGUAGACUCAGGCGCGUAGCCAAAGGGGGGAGGGGGGGGGGGAGAGAGAAUUUCUGGAAACCCCCCAUAAUCGGGGGGUUAAUUAAUAAGAAAUCCGGCACCAAGCUGGUGUGACUCUGGCAUGGUGCUGGAUUUAAAUAGAAGUCAGAACCAUGCCAGAGUCAUUCCGGCUUAGCACCGGAAUUCUAUUCGAUUAACCGACUUGUGCCUUUUGGGCGUCUUCCCCUUUGAAUAUGCCCCUGAG